UUGUAAACAAGGUUAACAUACAAGAGGCCUGUUAUUUCUGAACCUUUUUCUUUCCCCCCCAGGAACAUGAAAGAGAAUUUUGGAAAAGAAAUCGAGAAUCUGGAGUACACCUUAAAGAGAGAGUGCGAGAUGAGAGCACUGCUCGAGUGGAAACGCCUUCACCUUACAAAGCAAAUGGAGUUCUUGGCAACAACAGACGAGAGUUUCCUGAAUGAAACCAAUAAGAAGCUUGAAGCUGGUAAAAAACGGCAGACUGAACUAAUUAUGAAGAACAAGAAAGCUGAAAAAGAGCUUCUGCGGACUGAAGAACGGAUCAAGAACCUGGGUGAGGUGGCAGAUAAAAAGGAAGCUGAAUACAAGGACUACAAAGAGAGAGUAAUUGAAAGCAUAAAAGUUCUGGAGGAUGAAAUUGAAACUGUAAUGGAGAGUCUGAAUCAAAAAGAGCAGCAGCUGAGUUUGAGAAGGCCAGUCGCAGAGGAGACACAGAGAGAGCUGGAGGAGAAGCAUGCCAAAUAUGAAGAACUGAGGAAGAAAGUUUCGGAUCUCAAAGACGAAGAGGCCAACCUGACGAAAUUCAUUGAGCGCUCGCUCAGGGCUACAAGAAGACUCCAAAAGACCAUGGUAAUGGUUAUCAUCUUGCUGGAUGUUGUUGUUUAA